AUGUCUCUUGAGCUUGGAUCUUUCCCCGAAAAAUGGAAAGAUGCCAAUAUAGUUCCAAUCCAUAAGACCAAGUCUAAAGCGAUAGUUCCUAAUUACAGAGAUACAUCUCUUCUUGACGUCUUAUCCAAACCACUGGAAAGGCAGGUGUAUGAUGGUGUAUUUAAUAUUAUUUCCCCACAUUUUUCUCAAUGGCAACAUGGUUUCUUAACUGGUAAGUCAACUGUAUCGCAACUAUCUCAAGUAGUUCAUCAGUUUGGUAAGGCUCUUGAGAAGAGGCAACAAGUAGAUGUAAUAUAUCUCGAUUUUCCCAAGGCAUUCGGCAAAGUUUCUCAUUGUAAGCUACUAUUUAAAUUGGAAUGUCUUGGUAUAAGGGGAUCUUUACUGGGUUGGUUCAGGUCCUACUUAACUAAUAGAAGGCAAAGAGUUGUGAUUAACAAUAUUUCAUCUAACUUUCUUCCUGUAACGUCUGGGGACUGGGGUUCCCCAGGGGUCAAUCCUAGGCUCCCUACUCUUCUUAAUCUUUAUUAACGAUAUGCCUAAUGUAAUAUCAAAGGACACGUCUUUACCACUCUUUGCUGAUGAUUCAAAGUGUUUUCGCCUAAUACUAGGUCAGAAGGAUGGGGAUGAAUUACAAGAUGAUUUAAAUAAAUUAUUGACGUGGUCAUACACCUGGGGAAUGGAGUUUAAUACUAGUAAAUGUAAGGUCCUUAGGGUUGCUCGGAUUAAAUCUGUCUCUGAGAGAGACUAUCACCUUGGAGGAAUAAAGUUAGAACGAGUGAGUGUUGAAAAGGAUCUUGCUGUUUUGAUUAGACAGGAUUUGAGCUGGAAUGAUCAUGUUGAUUUUAUUAUAA